AGACAGUUUUCAGGACAGUGAACCCAAAGAUUUCGAGCAGCAGAAGGAUUGUUAAGGAAACCUUGCCAUCUGAAUCACUACACCUGGAAACUUUGAGGAGAAACGUUGGGCUCUGUCUGACGGGACAGAAGAGACGGAGACACAGGCAUCAUUGUCCAGGAGGAUGAGGACGCUGUGCUCUAGAAGGGUUCUGCAGCGGUGGUUCUUUGCUCUGUUCUUACUGUGUUCACCUGUUCCUCAUCACGGCAGGCCGGUCGAUGCCCUCAGCAGCCGAAUGAGGCGCUCGGUGACUCACGCUCAGCUGAUGCAUGAUAAGAGCCGCUCGCUGCAGGAACACAAGAGGCGCUCCUGGCUUCAGGGGCUUCUGGAUGAGGUCCACACGGCCGAGAUCCGGGACAUCCCGCUGCUCAGAGGAGGCGUGGUCAGCAGCGGAGGGGGCGGCGGCCUCACGGUUGCCAUUCCAAUGGGAGUGGGCGUGUCCAUAGGAACCGGAACCGCCCACCCCAAACCAGCUGGAGGCACCAAGAACCUGUCGAUCAGCUUCCAUCUGGAGGACGAGGAGGGAACCAACCUCCCGCAGGAAACCAACAAGUCCCAAACAUACAAGGAGAGCACGCUGAAGGCCAUCGGCAAGAGGAAGAAGAAAGGCCGAGCGGGGAAGAGGAGGGAGGGAGAGAAGAGGAAGAUGAGGGCUCGAUCGCUCCUGGACCAGCACUAAAACACUGUCAGUCUCUGACAACGAUCCGCGAGGACUUUUGAAGUGAACACCUACAUGUUCACACAAACGUGAGAGGAAAAUAUUUAUUGUCUGUAAAUAUUCCAACGCUCCCGAACAGUGAGGAAGAUAAAUAACGAUACUGUGUUAUUACACACAUUUGGAUCCUUGUGAAUACCUUGCUUUGUGUCUUUUAUAGUUUUUUCUUUUUAUUCUUCUUUUAGGACUAUGCCUCUAUUACGGUGUCAGAAUUCCUGUAAUUUAUUUUGUUUGAAUGGUGUAUUUAUUUUGUAAAUGUAUCAAGGUGCUGCUGACCUUCUAUAUUUUUGUACUAUAUUGCACUUUAGAUGUAUGAAUAUAGAAAUAUAUACAAGUCAUUUGUGGUUGAGUUGAAUGAAGACUAUAGUCACGCUUGUGUUUGCCCACAUUCGGAUUCGAUGUAUGUUCAACAGCUUCGCCGUCCAUGUUUCUGUGAGUCUGAGCCAAAACCUAGUGAGCUGCCUAACUAGACAGCAUCUGAAGGGAGCAUGGUUUCAUUUAUUAUUAACUAUUUGCAUUUAUUUGUUACUGUUACAAACUUAAGACCUGUUUCAUGUAUGUAUGACUGACAAAUAUGUGUCCAAAUUAAUAGUUUAAUAGUUUAUUAAAGCUGUAUAAUCAUAAAUGAUUGGAUUUUUUAUUUUAUUUUUUUAUGAAAGAUGACGGAUAUUAGAUAAAAUAUUUGUAUUUUUAUUUUAUUUGUAUUUUUUUUGAUAUCUUGCACUUUCUUUUGCAAU